AUGGAUUAUACAAAAUUGGUCAAUCCUUUCAUCGGAACUGGCGCAACGGACAAUCCUGGCAAUGUAUUCCCCGGUGCAGCAAUUCCAUUUGGCAUGGCAAAAAUUGGAAUUGAUGUUGAUGAAUAUGCUCCGGCAGGAUACAAUGAUGACCCACAAGGCUACAUUCGUGGAAUGAGCUUGUUGCACGAUUCCGGUACAGGUUCUUCCUCGGGAAGCUAUGGUAAUUUCGAAUCUAUCCCAGUCAUUUGUUCGCAUGACAACUUUGAAUUGUGCCCUGUCUUGUUGGACGAUCGCAAACGUUGGCGUGAACCAGGAAAAGAUAAAGCCUCACCGGGUUACUUUAGCACAACAUUGAACAAUUCCGUUCAAUUGGAAGCAACUUCCACUCGUAGAGCCGGCUUGUUGCGUUAUACAUGGUCACAUGAACAACUCUCAAAGCAAAACUCAAAAACACCUUUUGUUGUAUUUGAUUGGACAGAUGAUUUGCCAGGUUCAUUUUCUGGUGGAGAGAUUGAUGUUGAUCCCGUCAAAGGUCGGAUCAUGAUGGGAGGCGUUUUCAAGAGUAGUUUCGGCAGUCAAAUUUACUCAUACAAUGCAUAUUCAUGCUUUGACUUAUUGGCAGAAGGUAAACAAGAAAUUGAUUUCUACGGACUUUUCCGUGGUGAUCGUUAUGGAUCUGAUUAUAAAGUGCCAAAAGCCACAACAGCAAAACAAGUCAAAAAUCAAAUGGGAGGGCAAAUUGCUCAACAAGGCGCACUUAUUUCAUGGAAGACUACGCAAAAGGACGGUAAAGGUAAUCCACAAGUUCUUAUCAGAGCAGGCGUAUCUUAUGUUUCAGCUAAACAAGCUUGUCAAAAUGCCGAAAGUGAAAUUCCUCAAUUCGAUUUCGCCGCUGUCGAAAAUCAAAGCAAGGCAAUGUGGAAUGACAAAUUGCGCAGAUUACAAAUCGCAAAUGAUUCUGAUCCAACAAUCGCUGAAUUGAUCUACUCGUCCUACUACCGUUCUUUCCUCAGUCCAAAUAAUGCAACAUUGGAGACACAAGGUGCGUUUGCCGGCACUGCUUAUCCUUACUUUGACGGCUUGUAUUGUUCUUGGGAUACAUUCAGGACAUUCCAUCCUAUGCUCUCUCUCACUUCGCCUGACGAUUAUUCUCAAAUUGUUGAGACAUACAUCGAUGGUUGGCGCAAGUUGGGUUAUAUUCCAGAAUGUAGAGCAAACAAUGUUCCAGGUAUUACCCAAGGUGGAAGUGAUGGUACAAAUAUCAUUUCUGAUUUUGCCGUAAAGUACAGAAACGCAAGACAAGGUGUCAAUUUUGAUGAUCUUUACAAAGCAUUGUAUGAUGAUGCAACUACAAAUUCCAUCGAAUGGACUUCUGGUGGUCGUCAAAUCGGUGUUUAUGAAGAAUAUGGAUAUAUUCCAUUUGAGGUUUAUGAUCGUACCACGACUGGAAGACAAAAUCGUGAGAGUUCACGAUUACUGGAAUAUUGUUUCAAUGAUUUCGGUAUCCGUAAUGUGGCAUUACUCCUGGGAAAAGAAGAAGAUGCACAAAGAUGGUCAAAUCGUUCCUUGUUCUACAAAAAUGCGUUUGAUAAAAACACUAAAUCUUUUGGUUUUGAUACAUUCGUUCAACGUCGUUAUCCUAAUGGAACUUUUGGAAACAUUGAUCCAAUCACAUGCAGUCCGAUUGAUAUGGCUGGUCACUACUGCAGUUUGCAGCAAGAGAACAACUUUUCCAUUUAUGAAUCAUCAUCGUGGGAAUAUUCCUUGUUUGCACCGCAUGAUUUCGCAGGUUUGAUCAAAUUAUUAACAAACGGUGACAAGACACAUUUCAUCAAGCGUUUGGAAACAUUCUUUGCGAAGCAAUUAUACUAUUCUGGCAAUGAACCAAGUUUCCAAACUCCGAUUGCUUAUCAUUACGCCAACAGUCCAACGCACAGUGUUGAUAGAAUUCGAAAGAUUGUUUAUACUGAUUUCAAUACAACAAAUGCAGGCUUACCGGGCAAUGACGAUAAUGCAGCAAUGGCAACAUUAUUGCUCUUCCAUUUAUUGGGUCUUUAUCCAGUACCUUCUACACGUGAAUUCUUGAUCACUUCACCAUUUGUUCCGCAUUAUACGUUGACAAAUACUCUAUUCGGAACAGUAACCGUAACAGCAAACAAUUUCGACAAAUCAAGUCUAAACAAAGAUAUGCCAAAUAAUGUAAGAGCUUACGUGAAGAGUGUUUCGAUUAAUGGCAAACAACAAUCUUCACGUUGUAAACUCUUUUUCGAUGAUUUAUUCCCUGCUGCUGCAACGCAAAAUGCAAAACCGGGUCAUGUUGAUAUCGUGUUUGAAAUGGCUACCAAAGAUCAAGUUACCGAUUGUGGUUCUUCGGCCGGUGAUCUUCCAAGCAGUAUGAGUACCGGUGGCUUUGACAUAUUUUGA